AUCAGCAUCAUCGUCAACGUACACGAGUUUCUGUAUCAACGCGGAGCGCAAGCACCGCGUGAUCUUGCAUCUUCGACUGUUGCUAGGCUAAAGAUGUGGCCUGACGUUGUUCUCCCACUGGUUUACGUGCUCUCUUCCAUUCGGCCUUGCCAGUCAGGUCGCAGACUGAACAUCUUCGUGCGCCACUUCGAACCAUUGUCGUACGACCAUCGGCCUGUCCACAAUAGCCAUAUGCGAGCCAAGCGUUCAAUCUCGAACGACAAUCAUGUCCACGUUCGCUUUUACGCUCACAAUAGGGAUUUCCACCUCCGCCUUACUCCAGACACGACGGCCUUCCACAAGAACCUUACGGUGCGGAGAGUUACGGAGGGCGACAUAGGUGUCGACCUAGGCCACAUCUACACGGGAAAAGUUGUAGGAGAUACGUCUAGCUUCGUCUAUGGAGCACUUCACGAUGGGAUCUUCGAGGGCGGGAUCGAUACAUCCAACGGCAGCUACUACGUUGAGUCGGCCGCAAAAUAUUUCGAAUACCCGACGUCCUUCCAUUCCGUGCUCUACUCCGCUAGUGACGUCGAAUACCCGCACGGUGGCACUCGCUUUUGCGGCCUGUACGGUAACACUGAACGAUGGAUGAACGAGGUCCUCCAAGAACGAAGCCAACGAAGGAGUGCGGAACGCCUUCACAAGCCGCGCCAACACCCGCGGCUAGGACGUCGCUUACACUCUAUUGAAGACUCCACAGCUCCCACCAUCGACAGCUGGUAUUCUGAAGGCCACGUAAAUGAAACCAGAAGGGCAGGAGAAAUAUCGAGGCGCGUCUGCAACCUGGAGAUUGUCAUCGAUCACUUACUCCACUCCAAGUUCUUGCAGCCUGACGACAACCGCCGUCGAACAGAAGAGCGCUUAACGGCCCUGGUCGCGGCACUCAUUACAAGGGUUAACCACAUAUACCGCUCCACCAGCUUCGACGACAUAGAAGAUAUCAGCUUUGUCGUGCAGAGUAUUAAGAUAAACGAUUCGUCCAACUGUAUUGGGGGCAAAGGGUCGCAAUAACCCCUUCUGCACUUUGAACACGGAUGUCAGUGGUUUGCUAAG